ACGGGGCCCGGAAGGGGCCGCGCGGCGCCGGGCGGCGGCGGCGGUGAAGGUACCAUGUCCACCCGGCGGCUCCGCAGCGAGGACUACAAUGACUACAGCUCCACAGAUGUCACACCAGAAGGGAGCCCACCUGAGGGCAUGAAUGGUUUUGCCCAUCCUGAGUCCUACCAGCGCUUCGGGGAGAUCAAUGGGACAACAUGGUACCAGACCUUGAUCCACCUCUUGAAGGGGAAUAUCGGCACAGGCCUGCUGGGGCUGCCUCUGGCUCUGAAGAACGCUGGCAUCUUGUUAGGGCCUCUGAGUCUAUUUGUGAUGGGAGUCGUUGCUGUGCACUGUAUGAGCAUCCUGGUGAAAUGUGCUCAUCACUUCUGCUACAGGUUCCAGAAGCAGUUUGUGGACUAUGGGAAUGCUGUGAUGUAUGGACUGGAGUCAACUCCCAGUGCUUGGCUUCGAACACAUGCCGUCUGGGGAAGGCGUGUAGUGGGACUCUUCCUGAUCCUCACUCAGUUGGGUUUCUGCUGCGUAUACUUCGUCUUUCUAGCUGACAAUCUGAAACAGGUCAUAUCUGCAGCCAACAGUACUACCAAUGACUGCAGCUCAAACAAAACUGUGGCCCUCACCCCCACGAUGGACUCCCGGCUCUACAUGGUUUCCCUGCUGCCUUUUGUGGUGCUGCUCACAUUUAUCCAGAAUCUCAAGGUCCUGUCCAUCUUCUCCAUGCUGGCCAACGUGGCCAUGCUUGGCAGCCUCGUCGUGAUCUACCAGUACAUCAUCAGGGGCAUUCCCGAUCCCAGUGACCUGCCUCUAGCAGCAGCCUGGAAGACCUACCCGCUGUUUUUUGGCACUGCAAUCUUUGCUUUCGAAGGCAUCGGAGUGGUGUUGCCGCUGGAAAACAAAAUGAAGAAUCCCCGGCAGUUCCCGGUGAUCCUCUACGUGGGGAUGGCAAUCGUCACAGUCUUGUACGUUAGCCUGAGCGUCCUGGGGUACCUGCGCUUCGGAGCAGAAAUCCAGGCCAGCAUAACACUCAACCUGCCCAACUGCUGGUUAUACCAAGCUGUCAAGCUGCUCUUCUCCUUUGGGAUUUUCUUCACGUACGCUGUGCAAUUCUACGUGCCUGCUGAGAUCAUCAUCCCUCCUGUCAUCGCACGAGUGUCAGAGCGCUGGGGGUGGCUGGUCAACCUCCUCCUCCGGACAGCCUUGGUUGGCAUCACCUGUGUGCUGGCCAUCCUCAUCCCACGCCUGGACAUUGUCAUCUCACUGGUGGGCUCUGUGAGCAGCAGCGCGCUGGCUCUUAUCUUCCCCCCGCUGCUGGAGAUCGCCACCUACUACGCUGAAGGCAUCCACCCCCUUGUCGUCAUCAAGGAUGUUGCGAUCAGCCUUUUUGGCUUUGUGGGCUUUGUGGUUGGGACCUAUGAGGCACUGGUGGAGCUGGCUUCUCCAUCUGUGGUUGUGAACACUACCAGUGCCUCGGUGCAGUGAUGGCUCUCCUGCUUCACAUCCCUCUCUGGAAGCUGUGCUGGAGCCUGGUAACACAUGGGGGAAUGCAAAAAUAUUUUGGCUUCAGGAGGAGAAGGAUGCUAUGGAAGAGCUGUGACCACAAGAAGAGUCUCCUGCAGCUCGUCUCCUUGCUGGAUGAUAACUUAGCAUCUUGCUCUGCUGCCUGUGACCUGCUUCCCAUUUGCUCACUCUGCUUUGGCCAGUCGCUGCUCUGCCAGUCUAUGAGGCUGCUGACUUCUGCAGACUUUGCCAGCAGCCAUGUGGGUGGGUAGUUCAGCCACUCCAAAAGCACUCUAUUUUAUUUUAUUUUAUGAUCCUUCACCUCCUUUCUACUCUCUCGGGACUCCUGUAGCCACAAAGCUCAUCCCAUCUCCUCUGAAUCUUUUCUAGUGAAGAUAUCAGCCUGCUCUGGUGUUGCUGGGUCACAGCAACAGGAAACUUCUUAAGACAAAUCCUCGAUAUGGGAGUCACUCUAGGGGUGACAGCCAGGAACUGGGUCUGGCAGGAGUGGAGGGAGGGAGCUUGAGCACACACUACUUCCUGAACAAGUGCAAUAUUAAAGACCAUUGCUGCACAUCAUCUUUGGAAGGCUCUGUCUGUUCCUGACAAGGUAUUGGAGCAAGGCUUGGUCACUUCACCAUGCAGCUGAUGAGGUGAGAUACAGAUUUGCACUCCAGAGUCACUUUGUGUUGGAGCCUCAGAGACCCCUCCAGGCUCAAUGGUUUGUAGCAGAAAGCUGGCUGCAAUUGAUGGGCACCUGCUCUAGGGCUCCUUGAUGCACUGGUGACACGUCCCUCGCUGUCCUUCCACACGCACAUUAUCACUUUGGUGAAAGGGUUGGCUUAAGUCGGUGCUGAAGGGAGCGCACCGAGUCACUUGCGUUUACGUGCUGAACGCCGGGAGCUGCACUGCUUCGUUUCCAGGAUUGCUGGCCGGAUAUGUAGUGUCCCAACUUACUGUGCAAUUGCCAGCGAAGACCUCGCUUCUGUGGUGGCUGUGGGAUAUCAUGGGAGCAUUAAAUGGUUUGUGAGGUACUUUGUUUUAUCAUGCUGAAGUAAAGAAGUGAUCAGCAGAGGAUGCUUGGAAGUGGGAGCUAGCGACGUUGCUGGGACUGAGGAGCUCUGGUGAGCCACGAGAACCUGAUGCAGGACUGAGUGAACAUUAAAACUUGACACUUAUAUAUUGUUGGCUGCUCUAUAACCAAGGAAACUGUAAAUACAGAAAUGAUUAAUGUACGUGUUUUGUGCCUAUGGAUGUUGUCAGUGUACAGCAUGUGUAGCUGCCCCGUGGAAGAACUUGUCUCUGGUGCUGUACCUAAAUUGUGUAUCUCCAGUCAAUAAAUAAUAUCUAUUUUUUAAGUGAAAA